AUGGAUUCCGAUUUAAAUACUCUUUCAGACCAUGUCCAUCAAGUCGAAACUCGUUUUAAUAAAUUACGCGACGAAAUUAUUUCAAAGUUAUAUGAAUGUAGUGAUUGUAUUAAAUCAACUAAGCAAUUAUGUCAUGAAACAACAGAAAGGAAUAAAAUUUUAGAAAAUAAAUUACUUAAUGCAUCAUAUGAAGAACAAGAAUGGAAAGAUUUUAAAGUGAAAUUAGCAAAAACAUCAGCUAAUGGUAUGAUCAUUCUCAAUGUAGGGGGUGAGAAAUAUACCACAAAUGUUGAGACAUUGACACGUGAAAAAAAUACAUUCUUCACCACACUCUUCUCUGAACAAUGGCAAAUCGAAAGAGAUCCUGAUGAUAAAAGCAUAUUCAUCGAUCGAAAUGGUAAAAUUUUUGCUCAUAUUCUUGAAUAUUACCGUACAAAUAUCGUUCCUGAUUAUGUGAUGAAUGAUAAAUCACUUGUAGAAAGUCUUAUUAUUGAAGCCGAAUAUUAUCGCUUGCAUAGUCUACUGGAGAAAUUAGGCGUCGUUUAUUUUCCUAACGGAUCAUUACUUGAACUAGCUCAUCAGAAAAAACUGAAUAAAUUUUAUGGUGAGAUUUAUCAAAGAUGGGAAUUGAUUUAUAAAGCAUCACACGACGGAUUUGAUGCCAAUGCAUUUCAUUCACGUUGUAAUCAUCAAGGACCAACAAUGACAAUUAUUAAAUCAAAAGACAACUAUCUUUUUGGAGGUUAUACAGCUAUUCCAUGGACAUCUGACAUUUCGUACAAGAAUGAUACCUCAGCAUUUUUAUUCACUUUGACUAAUCCUUACAAUAUUCCAUCGACGAAAUACCUGAUUAAUCCUGCUCAUACAGAAUAUGCAGUUAGUCAUCACAGUAAAUAUGGUCCAACAUUUGGAGGUGGUCACGAUGUACACUUAGCAAAUGGUAGCAAUGCAAACAAUAAUAGCUACGUGAAUUUUCCUUAUUCAUACCUCGACACAACUAGCAAGGGCAAUAAUACAUUCACUGGAGCCCGAAAUUUUACCGCAUCUGACAUUGAAGUUUUCAAAUUAGUUUAA